UGUCGUCCAUUUCGAUUACGAUCUCGACCGUCGCUGUAAUAUUGAGGCUGAUGGCAAAGUAUAUGCGGAACAAGAUUGAUUUUAGCGAUUAUUGCAUUACUGCUGGUUUGUUCUCAAACCUAGCCCUCAACUCGGAAUUCAUCUGGCUGGUGCACCACAGUGGGCUUGGAUUCGACGUUUACGUCGUCGCAGCGCGCUGGGGCUCCGAGCUCGUCACAGGCCUCUACAAAGGCGUCACAAUCAUCACCUUGAUCUGGACGGCAACCGUGUGCCUAUCCAAAGUAUCCAUCCUGCUCAUGUAUACGUCCGUCAUCCCCAAUCGCUCCAUGCUGCUCAUCUGCCGCGGCAUCGGCGUCUUCAUCGUCAUGUGGGCGAUAUCGGGCUUUGCGGCGGCGGCGCUCGUCUGCAGGCCGUUUACGUACAACUGGGAAAUGAGCAUCGAGGGCGUAGAGGGCACCUGUGGAAGCCAGAACAAGUUUUACUUUGCAAUGGGCAUGAUCAAUGUCAUCCUGGAUACCGUGCUGAUUGGGCUGCCCAUGCCGUAUUUGUACCGGCUGCGCAUGCCGUGGAAGAAGAAGUUGGUCGCCAUGUCGCUGUUUGGUCUGGGGAUUACGACGUGGGCUAUUACGGUCCUGCGAGAAGCGCUGCUGCUGCACCUCGAUUGGGACAAUGCUGAUCAGGUGCGGGACUGCGUGUUUGUUAUUCUUUUGACCGGACUGGAGACGGCCGUCGCCAUCGUCGUGGCGUCUAUCCCGCUUAUGCGCCCGUUGUUCUCGAGGUGGUCCGGCUCAAAGAAUGCGAGUGGCAAGAAGCAGCGUGCGGGAGGUAACAGGUGGAACAGCAGGAGCAUACCCGAGCUGUUGUUUCCGCCGUCGUGGUUUGACAAACGCGAUAGUGGCGUGCAUGCUGAUGCGCAACCAGUGAAGGCUUUGCCGGGGAUAAGUCUGCAGUCUUGUUCGGAGAAUGGUAGUGAGGAGUAUUCUCUCCAGGAGCCUUCUUUCCUCCCAGAAGGUCCAAACUUUCCGGCUGGCCCAAAUCUUCCGGCUGGCCCAAAUCUUCCGGCUGGCUCUCGUCCAGGGCACUCCUUCCACCCGGAAGAAUCUACUUUUCCGGCUCGCUCUUCUCUUACGGCGCAUUCUGAUAUUGUAGUCGAGGAGGGGUGGGUCCAAGCAACAACGUAGUGGUAUCAUCAACAUGGCCCUGAAAUUGGGCAUUGGCAUCUUUUCGGUAUUCAGUCAGGUUGCAUGUUCAUUCAAGUAUCUACCAGUCCUUUGUCGCAAUAGCAUUUUCGCCGGGUUGGGCGCGUGCAUCUCUCAGUAUCUUUUCGGGAACCCGUCAACAAUCCCAAAUGGUAUCGAACCCUUUUACGCCUCGUAGACAAAUACAAAUGAA